GACGCCAAUCGAUCUCGUCACGCCGGACCCUGCAUCUAAAAAGACGAAAAUACCCCUCGCUCCCUUCUCCUUCAUGUCCGGCGCCGGCCAAGAGUCCGACACCCUCCUCCCCGCCCGAUCGAUCGGCGAUGAUAACUCCUCCCGAGAGAAGGCCUUUGAUGCCCGCGAGAAGAUCGCCAUUCCGGUCUCCGACGAGGACCCGGACGGUGACUCAGUCCCUUCGUUCUCGUGGCGAAAGCUAUGGCUUUUUAUGGGACCGGGGUUUCUCAUGAGCAUCGCUUUUUUGGAUCCUGGGAACCUGGAAGGAGACCUUCAGGCCGGAGCGGUGGCGGGGUACUCGUUGCUGUGGUUGCUGCUCUGGGCGACGGCAAUGGGGCUCAUGAUCCAGUUGUUGUCGGCGAGGCUUGGGGUGGUGACUGGGAGGCAUCUAGCGGAGCUUUGCAGGGAGGAGUAUGAAGGGUGGUCUCAUGUGGCGCUUUGGAUCAUGGCGGAGCUGGCGCUCAUUGGGGCUGAUAUACAGGAGGUGAUUGGAAGUGCCAUUGCGAUUAAGAUAUUGAGCAAUGGGGCGUUGCCGCUCUGGGCCGGCGUGAUCAUCACGGCUUCCGAUUGCUUCAUUUUCUUGUUCCUUGAGAACUAUGGGGUGAGGAAACUAGAAGCUGUGUUUGUUGUUCUCAUUUCAACAAUGUCUGUUACCUUUACUUGGAUGUUUUGUGAGACCAAACCUAGUGGGAAGGAGCUUCUACUUGGUAUUUUAGUUCCAAAACUGAGCUCAAAAACCAUAAGGCAGGCAGUGGGAGUUGUUGGCUGUGUCAUCACACCCCAUAACAUGUUCUUGCAUUCUGCUCUUGUCCAAUCAAGAAGGAUUGAUACCAAUAAGAAAAACCGUGUCCAAGAAGCGAUAAACUAUUAUUCUAUAGAGUCAACAAUUGCCCUUGUUAUCAUGUUCACUAUAAAUUUGUUUGUCACCACAGUUUUUGCAAAGGGCUUUAAUGGCAGUGAACAAGCUCAUACUAUAGGCCUUGAGAAUGCUGGGCAAUUUCUGCAGAAUAAGUAUGGGGGAGGGCUAUUUCCGAUUCUUUAUAUAUGGGGAGUUGGGUUGCUGGCAGCUGGGCAGAGCAGCACAAUAACUGGUACUUAUGCAGGACAGUUUAUUAUGGGAGGAUUUCUCAAUCUUCAACUAAAGAAAUGGGUCAGAGCAUUGAUCUCGAGAAGCAUUGCCAUUUUGCCAGCAGCAAUUGUAGCACUAUUUUUUGACACAUCAGAAGCUGCAUUGGACAUUUUAAAUGAAUGGCUGAAUGUUCUUCAGUCACUUCAGAUCCCAUUUUGCUUGAUUCCUCUUCUCACUUUGGUAUCUAAAGAAGAACUUAUGGGAGAGUUCAAAAUUGGGCGCGCCACCCAAAUGGUCGCAUGGACUGUUGCCACACUGCUUAUUGUUAUCAAUGGGUUCAUUUUGCUGGAAUUCUUCUCUUCCGAAGUACAUGGCAUGUUUCUAGGUUCAAUUGUCUGUUUGGUCAUAGCUGUAUAUGUUGCAUUUGUGAUUUAUCUGAUUAUGAAUGGCGGUCUUCUAUCUACUCGAGUUUUGGCAACCUAUAGAAGAUUGAUGCCCAUGAGAAACUGAAAAUAGGUUUGGCACCCUCAUGUUUGGAGGAUUGAUUAUAAAGCUGUGCAGUAAGUAAAGUAGACCAUCCAGUUGGUUCUUAUCAAACUGUCAAAUCAUGACUGAUGCACCUCCAUUGAUUCAGUGGAUUGCCUUCCUUGUGGUCGACAAACGCAGUGUCUAUUUGGUAACAUCUUCAGAAAAUUCUUCUGAUCUAUCUAUUUUUACUUAAAAAUAGUAGUUUUACUGUCUUUUUCUUCAAACGAGGAUCAUUUUUGUCAUGUGGAGAGUGUUCUUGGAAAAGAAAUGCUACCAAACAAAAACAGAGCAAAGCACUCUGUUAUAUGUAUGUAACUGGGCCUGGUUCUGUUUAAGCAAGAUUUAUGGCCCUAUGGUAAAUGCUAAAUAUGUUUCUGUGACAUUAAUUCAA